AUGGACCCCGACGCCAGCAUCACCCCGGACCAACCCCCGGUAUUCAACUACAUCCUCUCCUUCCUCCUAGUCGGCGUAGCAUGGGGCUUCACAACUCCCUUCAUCCGCCGCGCCGCAGCCGACUUCAACGCGCGCCAGGAGCAACUCUCGCAGGGACAGCCCCAAGCCCAAGCACAAGCAUCGCAGGAACCCGAAACCGAUGCCCAAGAACUACAGCAAACAAACCCCGACCACGAACCUGCCCCUACUCCGGAUUCUGAACCCUCAGACGAAGAAGAUGAUGAAGACCACCCUCUACCAGCAGCAGGUACCCAACAACAACAGCAACAACAGCCCGCAUGGAUGCGCCCAUCGCAGUCCUGGCUCAAAACAAAAAUCACAACUAUAUUCUGGACGGUUAUCAAUCUCCUCCGUACGCCCGCGUACUCCGUUCCCCUGAUUAUUAACUUGACGGGGAGUAUUUGGUUCUUCCUUCUUGUUGGGAAACAUGGUAUGUUGUUGUGUCUCCUUUAUUUUCUCUGGCUAUUGUCACAAUUGAGAUUGUUGGGGCUUUGUACUAUCCUACCCUCUUGA